AUGAAGUUCACUUCGAUCAUCACCCCUGCCGUCGUGGCUACAUGUGCAACGGCACUCCCAACCUUGCAGAAACGUGAUUGCUCUACAGGACCUUUCUCUGUAACUGCCCUCCGCUCUGGAUCGCCUAUCCAUUUUCAAUCCGUCAACGCUUCCGGACAAAGAUUCUGGAUUAAUGUUCCAACUGCUACUUUCUGCCCUUCAGAGGUCAACACCUGUCCUCCCGGUACGGAGACUGUUUGGGCCAAUACAAAUGCCUUGGACGUGGAAGUCCCAGGCGGCCAGCAAGUCUACGUCGACCCUUCCGGUGCUCUAGCCUUCACCCAAGCCCAUUCCGCCAACAUCCCCAUGGGCUCUUCACUAGGUCCCUUCGUAUUCACACCCGGCACUCCAUUCGGAACAUACUCGACCAGCGCAUUUGGUGCUACGGGUUUCAUGGCUUGUCCCAAUGAUGCUGCUAGCCCGUCCAAGUGGCAGAUCUUUGUCGCCAUUCAGAAUGCGACGGUGCCUACGGGUAAUGUUGGUGAUUGUUUGGGGUUUGAUGCUGCAGCGCCUUUGUUUACAGGGGAUAUUCCAGCUUGGCAGUACGUCUAA